AUGAGGGCCCCGACGAAACCCCGACGGGAUACAGAUAUUCCUAAUGUCUACAGACGCGCGAAGUCUAAACGGUUGACCAGGAACGACCGAGAUUGGAGGCUCAAGUCUCGAGACAUGCCAGACGACUUUGACACAACCCAGGUAUUGGGCACUCCGUUCAAUGGUAAAGAACUAAAAACCGGCAUGCUCUCUUUGGAGCAAGCCAUUUGCAAACCUACUCGUGCGCACCAAAUACUGUUGGCAGAUGGCCUGCCACGGCUGAGCGACGAUGAUUGUGUAAGCCCGCCACUAAGCUCGGUCUUGACGGCAGGAAACAGCUUCUCUGCUGCGGGUACAGUACUGACCGACUUCUCGUGGGCCGAGGAACACCCGCGCCCAUGUCUACACUGCAGCGAAACCGCAAUGCGCUCCCUUCUCCAGGGCGAACAGCAUCUCAGAGCCAUCCUACAACACAUUUUUUUCAGUUUCCAUGUCGGAUCUCUCAUCUCCACGAUCCCCUGGUGCACUCAGGAGCGUCGUGUGGACGACGACGAAUGGAUCAUAUGA